AUGAAGUACAAUUGCAACCAUACAAUGAAGACUAUACAAAGCCGUAUUGCAGUACUAAUCUCCAUCCUCUCAGUCUUUUCCCUUAUACUACCGCGGGCAACUGCAGAUCUAAUUCUCUCUGACUUCCUCCGAUGCCUUCCAAAGCAAUCUCAGCCCACCUAUCAAAUCUUUGAAGCCAUUUACACCCGAGACAACACCUCAUUUCAAUCUGUUUUGCAGCACUACAUUAGAAACAGAAGAUUUUCUACCCCCACAACACCAAAGCCUUUGGCUAUUGUAACUGCCAAGCACGAAUCACACGUGCAAGCAACUGAUUGUGCAAAUCAACAUGGGUUGCAGAUUAGAAUCAGAAGUGGUGGGCAUGACUAUGAGGGCCUAUCAUAUGUAUCGGAUGUUCCCUUUGUCAUUCUUGACCUACUCAAUCUUCGAGCCAUUGAUAUUAAAGUCGCAGAUAAGAGCGCUUGGGUUCAGGCUGGGGCAACUAUUGGUGAACUGUACUAUGAAAUUGCCAAUAAAAGUAAGGUUCAUGGGUUUCCUGCGGGAGCUUGCCUAAGUCUUGGUACCGGUGGCCACUUUAGUGGUGGCGGGUACGGGUACUUGAUGAGAAAAUAUGGGCUUACAGUGGAUAAUAUUGAAGAUGCGAAACUAGUUAAUGUGAACGGGACAAUUCUUGAUAGAAAGUCCAUGGGAGAAGAUCUUUUUUGGGCCAUUAGAGGAGGAGGUGGAGCGAGCUUUGGAGUCAUUCUGUCGUGGAAGAUCAAGUUGGUUCCAGUUCCAGCCAAAGUGACAGUGUUCAAUAUUCAAAGGACUUUAGAGCAAGGUGCUACGGAUGUUAUUUACAAGUGGCAAUACAUAGCUCCCAAGUUGCCCAAAGACAUCUUCAUCAGAGCAAUGCCGCAAGUGAAGAAUACUACUAAUGGAACGAAGACUGUGGAAGUGUCUUUUAUUGGUCACUUUUUGGGACAAACUGCCAAUCUUCUUCAAUUGCUGAAUGCAAGGUUCCCAGAAUUGGGUUUACAAAAGAAUGAUUGUUUUGAAAUGAGUUGGCUUGAAUCGACUAUAUUCUGGGCUGACUUCCCAGUUGGAACCCCCAUAGACGUUUUACUUGACAGGCCAAAUGGGCCAGCAGUGUUCUUCAAAGUCAAGUCUGACUAUGUGAAAGAACCAAUUCCAAAACAAGGAAUAGAAUCCAUAUGGAAGAUUAUACUUAAGAUAGAGAAAGUGUGGAUGCAAUGGAACCCUUACGGUGGAAGAAUGAGUGAGAUUUCUGAGUCGGAAACACCAUUCCCUCACAGAGCUGGAAACCUAUUUUUGAUUCAGUACUGGACGUUUUGGGGGGAAGAAGGAGCUGAGACUACCAAGAAGUACGUGGGCUUAUCAAGAAAGUUGUAUGAAGGAACUACUCCUUUUGUUUCCAAGAGCCCAAGGGAGACCUUCCAAAAUUACAGGGAUAUUGAUAUUGGCGCCAAUCUGGAUAAUCGGACAAAUUUUGAAACUGCUAAAGUUUACGGAAGCAAGUAUUUCAAGGGAAAUUUUGAAAGAUUGGUAAGUGUAAAAACUGCGGUUGAUCCCCAAAAUUUCUUCAAGCAUGAGCAAAGCAUCCCACCUCUUUAGAGAGGGAGAUACAAGACUGAUAAAGGA